GCAAAUUGCUCUACCCAUCUCUGUAUUGUCUUCCUCCCCUUCAUUUUUUGUGUCGUUAGAAGUUGGAAACCUUCAUACGUGGAGAAGCCAUGAGUCCAUAUUGGAUGGAUGCUCGUUCGAAUUCUGCUUUUCUUUUUGCUUUUCUCAUAAUAUCUUCUUUCCCCUCUACCUUUGCCGACCUCUCAGACCCAUGUCCAAAUUUUGCAAACCUCUCCACUGCAUGGACCAACACCCGUGGAGAAUGGGUGAACUCCUCGGAUUGGGCGUUAGUGAAGCCCAUCCUUCUCAGCCCCGGAGAAACCAGUGGCCCAGGUUUCCUAUGUGGCUUCCACUGUCACUAUGAGAGCUUUUUAUGCCUCUUUGCCAUUCUUAUCUUCCAAGACGUAUAUUCUCCACAGCUUGUGUGGUCUGCUAAUCGAAACCGUCCAGUUCGAUUUAAUGCUACUCUACGACUCACUGAAGAUGGAAAUUUGAUCUUAGCAGAUGCUGAUGGCACUUUUGUUUGGUCUACAAACACAGCCGGCAAGUCUGUUUCAGGCUUAAACUUGACUGAAACUGGGAACCUUGUGCUGCUUGACCGAAACAAUGAAAUGGUGUGGCAGUCUUUUGAUCACCCCACUGACUCCUUAGUCCUUCAACAGAAGUUGGUUCGUGGGAAGAAGCUCAUCUCCAGCGUAUCUGCAUCAAAUUGGACUCAUGGUUUGUUUUCACUUUCCAUUACGAAUUAUGGUUUUGAUGCUUACAUACAGUCAAAUCCUCCCCAGCUCUAUUAUGAAUGGGAGUAUUCAUUUUUGACUAGUAUCCAAUACACCAACGGAAACCUCUCUGUGUACUAUCGUUGGGAGGAUGAGGAAUUCAAUUUUACUCCGUUCGCUCCAAUUCCUAGAACAUUAUCUGCUCAAUACAUGAGGUUGGGGUCUGAUGGUCAUUUGAGGGUUUUCCAGUGGCAAGAAACUGGAUGGCAGGAGGCGGUUGAUCUCACGGACGAAUUUCUAACUGAAUGCGAUUACCCUUUGGCAUGUGGGAAAUACGGUAUUUGCUCAGCAGGGCAGUGCACCUGUCCUGGAGCUUCUGAUAAUGGAACAAUUUAUUUUAGGCCAAUAAACGAAAGGCAAACCAACCUGGGCUGCUCCGCAAUUACACCCAUUUCUUGCCAAUUAUCUCAAUAUCAUAGUCUUCUUGAGCUUCAAAACACGAGCUACUCCACUUUUCAAGUGGACAUGCAGUCUACAGAUGUGGAGAUUUGCAAGCAGACCUGUUUGAAGAACUGUUCGUGCAAAGCUGCUCUGUUUAGACAUCCUUCAAACCAUUCAAGUGGAGAUUGCUGCUUGCUAUCUGAUGUCUUUACACUCCAGAACAUGGAAACAUUGAAUCCAACUGAUUAUUUUAGUACAUCAUUGUUUCUUAAAGUAGAGAAUUCUCCGACUGAAAAUGUAGUUGAGAAGAAAGCAGGGAAUGCUCGAAUCAUACUUGGAUCAAGUCUUGGAGCCCUCUUUGGUGUGCUUAUUUUGAUAGGAGCUUUCAUUUUUCUUUUCUGGAAGAGAAGAGAUUCCAAGGAAGCUGAGGAGGAUCAUCUAGACUGCAUACCAGGAAUGCCUACUAGAUUCUCCUUUGAAGACUUGAAAGCCAUCACAGAAAACUUUAGCUGCAAACUUGGGGAAGGAGGAUUUGGAUCAGUCUUUCAAGGGACUUUGAGCAAUGGAAUCAAAGUUGCAGUUAAGCAACUUGAAGGGUUGGGUCAAGUAAAGAAGUCGUUUUUAGCUGAAGUUGAGACAAUAGGUAGCGUUCACCAUGUCAAUUUGGUAAGAUUGAUUGGAUUUUGCGCAGAAAAAUCUCAUAGGCUUUUAGUCUACGAGUGCAUGUGCAAUGGAUCCUUGGAUAAGUGGAUCUUCCAUGGAAACCGAGACCUUGCUCUUGGUUGGCAAUCCAGAAGGAAGAUCAUCCUUGACAUAGCCAAGGGACUGUCCUAUCUCCACGAGGACUGCAGGCAGAAAAUAUUUCACUUGGAUAUCAAACCCCAAAACAUCCUCUUAGAUGAAGAUUUUAAUGCAAAAGUUUCUGAUUUUGGAUUGUCAAAGCUCAUCGACAAAGACCAGAGCCAAGUUGUAACAAGAAUGAGGGGAACACCUGGUUACUUGGCUCCUGAAUGGCUGACCUCCAUUAUCACAGAAAAAGUUGAUGUUUACAGCUUUGGGGUUGUGGUACUAGAGAUCCUGUGCGGGAGGAAAAACCUAGAUCGGUCUCAGACCGAGGAAGAUAUGCACUUACUAGGUAUUUUCAAGAGAAAGGCAGAAGAGAACCGACUUGCAGAUAUAAUCGAUAAGUGCAGUGAGGAUAUGCAGUUACAUGGAGCAGAUGUUGUGGAGAUGAUGAAGGUGGGUGGAUGGUGCCUCCAAAGUGAUUUUGCAAGGAGGCCCUCCAUGUCAGUGGUGGUGAAGGUUUUGGAAGGUUUAGUGGACAUUGAGGAUAACUUGGAGUACAGUUUCUCAUAUUCCCCACGACCACCAAAAAUUGCAGGCAUGGGGAACAAGGCUGCUGAUGCUGCUACUGCAGAACCAAUACCAUCUGCUUUAUCAGGACCAAGGUGAAGAGAGGUAAUUAAAAUACAUGUGGAGUUUUUAUGGUAUAGUUUUGGGUUUUAGACAUCCAUUAGUGAAAAGUUGGGCUCUCGUUUGUUUUUCCUUCCACAAUAAUUUUAGCUGAAAGAACAAGUCAUAGCAUUUCACUCUUUCUUUUUCUCUUUUAUUAGUUGUUCAUAAAAGUGCUUUUAAUAAUAAUUUUAGUGAUAUAUUAU